CACCACUCGACCAAAAAGCCGCGUAGAGCUGCAUCACCGCGGUCGCUGCGCAUCGAACACGGGCAGCACAGCUGCCACAUCGCGUGGUCGCAGCGCCAGCCGUUCCGCGCAUUCCUGCGGCAUCAAAAAACGCAGCAUAGCAGCCUGCCAACAUUAUUGCCCUCACGACCGCAAAGGUCGCCGGCGAGCGCAGCAUGGCUGAGGACGCUGAAACCGUCAGCGAGCUCCUCGCCGCGUGGGCCGCGACAAAACCGGACGCGCCUCUGUUUUCGUGGCUCGAGGACAAGAACCAGAGCGUGAAGGCGACGCUCUCAUUAACUUAUGGUGACGUCGAGAAGGCCGCCGCACGGACGGCACACAAGCUGCGACACAAGGAAGGUGUGAAAGAAGGCGCCCGCUGCCUCCUGGUCUACGAGCCGGGCCUGGCGUAUAUAGUUGCGUUCCUGGGGGUGUCGCGGGCUGGAGGAAUACCAGUACCGGUCUUCCCCCCGGAACCAAGGAGAAGGAAGACGAGCGAGUUGCAUGCCUUCUGCCAAAUUGCCGAGAGUUGCGGCGCGGCCUUCGCUCUUACAUCUUCUUUAUAUGAUUUCGCGAAGAAGACAACUGCUUUAUCGAAGUUGGUCGCGGGCGGCGACGCGACGUGGCCGUCGUCCCUCAAGUGGGUCGUAUGUGAUAUUGACAAGUCUACGCCUGGCUUGGCAGCGGCGCCCGCGUCGCAGGAAGUGGCCUUCCUGCAGUUCACGUCGGGAUCCACGAGCGCUCCGAAGGGCGUCGUGAUCACGCAUUCUUCCCUAAAGCACAACCUCGACCUCAUCGUCGACGACCUGAAAGCUGAUGAGACAACAAUCAACGUCAGCUGGCUGCCCCAGUACCACGACAUGGGUUUGAUAGGAAGCUACCUGGGCACGCUGCGGUGCGGCGGCCGCGGCUACUACGCGUCCCCGCUCAAAUUUGUGGCUCGGCCCGCGUCGUGGUUGGAAGCUAUAUCGCAGGUCCGGGGCACGCACACGCAGGCGCCGAAUUUUGCGUAUGCCCUCGUGACGCGGAAGCCGCCCUCGCAAACCUUGGAUCUGUCCUGCCUUAAACAUGCGAUCAACGCGGCCGAGCCCGUCGACGCGGCGGUAAUCGACGCCUUCGAGCGCUUCUUUGGCGAGAAGCAUGCACUGAGGAAAGGUGUCGUCUUCCCGACCUACGGCCUCGCGGAGAGCACGGUUUUGGUGUGUGGCAAUGGUGUUAUGAGGUGCAGGAUAGAUGCGGACGCGCUGCGGGAGCGGCGCUGCGUUUCUUCUGAAGAGGGCGUCGCGCUCGUGGGGUGCGGCGCGCCGCGUUCCGAUCGCGGCGUCUCCAUCAAGAUCGUGCGGAUUGAUGACGACGAUCAAGGCACAGCGACUCUGGGUGAGAAUGAGGUCGGCGAGAUCUGGGUCCGAUCGCCAAGCGUGGCCCGGGGCUACUGGGGCGUGGAAGAUCCUAGUUUCGGCGCGUCCAUCGACGGUGAGAGCGGCUUCCUGCGGACGGGCGACGAGGGCUUCUUUCGCGAGGGUGAGUUGUAUGUGUGCGGCCGCCGCAAGGACCUUAUCAUACUAAGAGGCAAGAACCACUACCCCCAGGAUUUAGAGCGGUGCGCCGAGCGGGCCGCGCCUCAAUUAAAACCCGGCUGCGUCGCCGCGUUCUCCGUCGAUGACAAAGGCGAGGAACGACUCGUGGUGAUCGGCGAGGUCCGCGACGACGCUAGUACAAGAAAGAAGCGUUCCCAGGACGGCGCCUACGCGGCGCUUUGUGAACAAGUCGCUUCCAGUAUAGCACACGAGCACGGGGCUUCGGUGGACACGCUGUGCAUUGUCGCCCCGCGGACGGUCCCGAAGACGACGUCGGGCAAGAUCGCUAGGCGUCGGUGUCGCGACGCGUUCCUCGCUGACAAGCUGGACGUGGCGUAUCGAAGUUCUGAUGGUCCUACGACGGCGGUCGUCGCGGAGCAGCCCACUUCGAGUUAUGAGCACAGUGGAGUGGUUGCGGACGUCGCGCGCGCGCUCGGGAAGGUAUCUAGAAGGGACGCAUCAUCAUUGCCGUCGAAGCGACCCCUGGCGGAUUUGGGUGUCGACUCGCUCGACCUGGCUCAAUUCAAGGGCGUCCUGGAGGGCGAGUUUGGAUUACAAGGGCUGCCGGACGAUUUGUUAUUUCGGGACGACUGCACGUUAGCAGCUCUUGGUGCUUUAGUUGAACGUGGCGGGGCGUUCACGGAGGAGGCCUACGCGCGCUGUGUGCGCGACUUGGACGUCGAGGGCGGCGGCGCGAAGAAGAAGGGGGACUGGGUCGUGGAGAACUGCGCGUGUUGUCUGGUUUGCUGCCCGGGUAAGUUAAGGUAGUGGCCCCGUUCUUUGUUUGUACUUCUGUUCGGUGCUAGGACUAGUGGGCGGCGCCCCUGGGGGGGGAACUCACGUGCACGCCAUCGACGCGACGAGUAGUGCAAACAGGUUCUUUUUAGGGCUCGGC